AUGCCGCGGCUCUCCUUCUAUGAUGGCACAGCGGAGCUCACAACUCGGAACGGCUUCCUGGACGUGGACGUCCGCAGCAAGGAUGCGGACGGGGCCCGGCGCCGUGCCCACAGUGCUCCGCCGCGCGUGGCAUGCGAAGAGGCGACUGGCGAUGACAGCGACAAUGGAAAGCUGAUUUGCCACACGCCCUGCGAACGCACCGUGAGCACGGAGUACGGCGACUCCGAUGUCGACUUCGAAAGGCAGACGACAGGCUGCCCAGAGGAUCUGCAGAGCCUGGCGGGCUUGCAAGACGCGGCAGUUUCGGAGCACCAGAAGGAGGAUCUCACAUCGGUCCGCACAGUCAUGAUCAAGAACAUCCCAUGCCGAUGCAGAACCGACGAAAUUCUCCAUGCUGUGGAUUCCGUAGGUUUCGCCGGGACGUACGACUGCUUCCACCUUCCAAUGAACCGGCGCCACCAGCAUCUUCGAUGA